AAGCUACAUGAAAUCAGUUGAUAUGUGAUUGCACAAGGAUUACAGUUUUGUUUCUCGUCUCAUAAAAUAACAUGGCAUUGCCACAGCACCAGCAAGUGCCCUCACACAAUACAGAGGUUAGCUGUGAUUCGAGUGGAGCUGCAGUGUCAGUGCGGAUCAGUGACAACAAGUCCCACCAACACCUUGGCCAGGAGACUAGUCUUGGUGCAGGUGGUGAAAUCAACGCAGGGGCCAACAAACCCUGCAAGUACAGCAUAUCUUCUAGCUGCAGUUCGGGAGAGUCCGGCGUACGAAAGACAAUAAUAACGAGCUUACGGAACCAGAGGAAGGUACCCCAGCUUUUCGAGAGGUCUGCUGCCCAGUGCUGGGAUCCUAAGUUUGACUCUUCGAUCCUUGAGGAGGCAUGCCGAGAGAGAUGCUUUCCCCAGACGCAGCGGCGCUUCCGUUACGUCCUCUUAUACCUGGCCAUAGCCAGCAUCCUGUGGGGUAUCUACUUUGGUGUGAACAGUUCCCGGUGUGACUCCGCUUCCUUCCUGGCCCCCACUGCUGCCUUCCUGAUCUUCUGCCUCCUCCUCUUCCUCUUCACCUUUACCAUGCUCUACGCCCGAAUAUACAAUCACGCCUCUCUGCUGCUCAUCGUGGUCACUUUUGCUAUCACCCUGGCUCCACAAAUGCAGGCUGCCAGCUUAACUCAUCAUAAGGAGACAGUUGAUGACAACAGAACAGUGGUCCAUGUUUCUGAUUCAGUACAAGCUCCUUGUAUAUCCCCUGUAGGCACUUUCUCUUUAUGUAUGGAGGUCCUCCUUCUUCUCUACAGUGUUCUUCAUCUGCGACUGUAUGUCUCAGUCCUGUUAGGGCUGCUUUACUCCGUGCUGUUUGAGUCACUGGGCUGGCUUCACCUCACCCAGGGUGGCAGUAGAGAUGUGGGAUUAUGGGCUGGAAAUGAAGAACAAAAGAUGGACUUGGAUGCUUUGUGGUGGCUGGGCCCGGGCAAGGCCUUGCUGCACCUUUGUGCCCAUGUGAUCGGGAUCCACUUGUUUAUUAUGUCAGAGGUGCGUUCACGCAGUACCUUCCUCAAGGUGGGUCAGGCAAUCAUGCACGGGAAAGACCUGGAGGUGGAGAAAGCUUUGAAGGAGCGUAUGAUCCACUCAGUGAUGCCGCGUAGGGUGGCAGACGAACUCAUGAAACAAGGAGACGAAGAGUGUGAGAGCUCUGGCAAACGCUAUUCUGCCGGAACUUGCUCGGCCGUUUCCGCGGCCGCUGCGGCUUCGUCCAGCCCCAAGAACAACAAACGCAAGAAGACGUCCAUUCCAAGGGGCCAGAUCAUCUUCAGGCCCUUCAACAUGAAGAGAAUGGAGCCUGUUAGCAUCCUCUUUGCUGACAUAGUGGGGUUUACAAAGAUGAGCGCUAACAAGUCGGCUCAUGCAUUGGUGGGCCUUCUCAAUGACUUGUUCGGGCGUUUUGACCGCCUGUGCGAACUGACGUGCUGUGAGAAGAUCAGUACGCUUGGUGACUGCUACUACUGUGUAGCCGGUUGUCCAGAACCAAGGUCAGACCAUGCGUUCUGCUGUGUGGAGAUGGGCCUGGGCAUGAUCCAAGCCAUCGAGCAGUUCUGCCAGGAGACACGGGAGACGGUGGACAUGCGCGUUGGUGUUCACACAGGCACUGUGCUCUGCGGCAUUCUGGGAAUGAAACGCUUUAAGUUUGAUGUCUGGUCCAACGAUGUCAACUUGGCCAACCUUAUGGAACAAUUGGGUGUGGCUGGGAAGGUGCACCUGUCAGAAAUUACAGCCAGUUUCCUGGAUGAUCGUUACCAGAGAGAAGAUGGGAGGGUGUCAGAGCGGGUUGGCCAAAGCGUGGUUACAGAUCAGCUCAAAGGACUGAAGACGUACCUGAUCUCUGGCAAAAAGACAGAACCCUCUCAGUGCGGCUGUUCUCAGGUCAGCCAGCUGGGACAUGACUGCAACGAGCCUCUGAUUUCCUCUCCACGCACACACACUCCUGACAUCACACACUCCACCGCUGCGGAGGCUCCCUGUCUGUCAUGUUCUGUUGUGAUUGAUCCGGGUGGGCAUCAGUCGACAGACGAGUCAGCUACACAAAAUGGCUGCCAGGAUGAGCACUUUUCAAACAGUAACAGGUUCACAGCAGGCCGGAGCCCUAAAGCCCUGAAUGGUUUGCUUAGCCCUCUGUCAGAGGAGGCGGUAACAGCCAGUCAGACCUCCCUGUAUGAAAUGCUACAGGAGAAGGAGAGAAAGUUGGGAGGCACUUCCACAGGAGGUGGAGGAGGAGGGGGAACAGCAAGCAUGGACCACUCUGCGCUUAUCCCUCUCCGCUCCAAAAACUUCAGAGAGAGGAGCGACGUCCACUUUGUGGAUGUUAUAAAGGAGGACAGCCUAAUGAAGGAUUACUUCUUCAAACCUCCAAUUAACAAGUUGAGCCUCAACUUCCUGGAGAAGUCCUUAGAGUCUGCUUACCGCUGUAGUUACCAGGAGGAGGUGGUGACCCAUGCACCAGUACAAACCUUUGCCAGUCCUACCUUCAGUUCCUUCCUGGAUGUGUUGCUGUCCUGUGCUGUGUUCCUGGCCCUAACCCUAGCUUGCUUCCUGCGCCCCCUGGUUACCAUGGAGACUCCCCCAGCCACCACAAUUGGCGUCGCCAUCAGCGCUGCUCUGCUGGAGCUUGGCUCUCUGGUCUUGUCCAUCCGCAUGACGUUCUACCUGGAUGACGUGUUGAGCUGCACGCAGUCUCUUCUGCGGGUGGUGUCGGGUUGGGUCCCUCGUCAUGUGAUUGGGGCCGUAUUGGUGUCACUGCCCGCUGUGUCUGUCUUCUCUCACCUGACAUACAGCCUUCAUCUACCUUUACAGAGCACUGUUUUCCUUUGCUGUGCAGUAAUCAUAGCCAUUAUCCAGUACUGUAACUUCUGCCAGCUCAGUUUCUGGAUGCGAUCUGUACUGGCCACUGCUGCAGGCGUGUCCCUGUUAGCUCUACUCUACAGCCCCCUCAGCAGGUACAGCACCAAUGAUGUCUAUCCUGUAAUUGGAAACCUGACCAAUAACAGUGUGAAUAUGGGUUCGACAACGGAGCCGAAUACAAACUCUGCCCCCAUGCCACCAAAUCUGCCGGUCCCUGAGGCGUUCCUGGCCUUCUUCCUACUGCUCCUGCUUGUGUGGUUCCUCAACCGUGAGUUUGAGGUUAGUUAUCGGCUUCAUUACCACGGCAACGUGGAGGCGGAUAAACACCGCAUCAAGAUCCAGAACAUGAGGGACCAGGCUGACUGGCUGUUGCGCAACAUUAUUCCCAUCCAUGUGGCCGAACAGUUGAAGGUUACCCAGAGCUACUCCAAGAAUCAUGACAAUGUUGGUGUCAUCUUUGCCAGCAUUGUAAACUUCAGUGAGUUUUACGAGGAGAGUUACGAGGGCGGCAAGGAAUGCUACCGCGUGCUCAACGAGCUUAUCGGUGACUUCGACGAACUCCUACGCAAGCCGGCUUUUGCCAACGUGGAGAAAAUCAAGACCAUCGGCGCCACUUAUAUGGCUGCGUCGGGGCUGAACGGACGUCAGUUCCGCGAGCAGACGCACCCCCAUGCCCACCUCCGAGCUCUCUUUGAGUUCGCCUUGGAGAUGAUGCACGUCGUGGAGGAUUUUAACAAGAACAUGCUAGGGUUCAAGUUUAAGCUACGGAUCGGCUUCAACCACGGUCCCCUUACUGCCGGAGUCAUCGGCACCACCAAGCUGCUGUACGACAUUUGGGGCGACACGGUGAACAUCGCCAGCCGCAUGGACACCACAGGGGUGGAGUGCCGCAUUCAGGUCAGCGAAGAGAGCCACUGCGUGCUCAGUAGCAUGGACUACGCUUUCGACUAUCGCGGUACCGUAAAUGUGAAAGGCAAAGGGCAAAUGAGGACUUACCUUUACCCUAAAAUGAAUGAAAGCGGGCACAUGCCCAAACACCAGCUGGCCGUCUCCUCGGAUCUGCGGCCCCACGUGGACGGAAGCAUUGGGCGUUCUCCCAUCGAGGAACUUGCCAACAAGGAACCCAGCGUUCCUCUCAAAUUGCCGUCCCCUUCUCUUCAUGUACCCGCUCCAGGAGGUCAUGACGUUCCUUUGGGACUUGUCUCGGCUGCUUCUCAGUGUAGAGAAGAGAGACACAGGGGAAGCAAAGACACUUUAAACGCCCCUGAGCUUAAAGAGGAGGCCGCUCAUCUAGCUCCAGCACCAAGUCCCACUGCUACCCCUUUAAAUUCUGUAGUACAGCCUUCACACCCUCAACAAGUACAACCAAGAGAGGUAGAAGAGGAGGAGGAGGAGGAAGAGGAAGAGGAAGUAGAUGAACUUACAAAACUUAAAGCAGCAGAGCAUCUAUGA